AUGGAGAAGGACAGCGCGAGACAUUACAGAGCUUACGAGGGCUUCAAGCCCGCGAACAAUGGCAAUACAUCGUCCUUGAAGAGGUCGACGUCCGACCGCUCGAAAACGCAUCCGUCGAGGCAAGUGAGGUGUCUUUGCUUCGGCGGAGUGCCGGACAAGGCCAGCCACCAUUCCUUCCUCAAGGGUUGUAUUAUAAACCUCGGCAUAUGCGCCCUCCUCGUGGCCUACACCCUGCUCGGUAGCUUCAUCUUCCUCGCCAUCGAGGGCGGUGCCGAUCCUGCGAUGCAACAAAGGACACUUGCCACCACAAUAGCGGGGAAUCAGCCUACCAGGCGGAAUGCCACCGCUUGGCUCAAGCAGGUGAGUGCACAACUAUUGAUUUCCACCCACGCGACGUGUUUUUUUUUCCUUUUUCCCUCCUCCCGUUCUCUCUCUUUCUCUCUUUCUUUCUUUAUCUCUCGUUGUUGCAUUUUUAACGGUUAACGACUCGUUUUGUUGCGAGCGAUGCUUCGCGAAUUACGGUCCAAUCAAUUUUUUUUACAUUGCUCCGGUCAACUUUCGUCGUUGCGUGUUCCUUCCUUCCCGAUCCGCCGAGAAAUUCAAGAUACGACCGUGAAUCGGAGAUGUACACUGGUUAAAUGGUCCUCUCCAAAAAAAAAAAAAAAGUUGGCGGAAUGACGAUUAAACUACUGCCAUUGACGCUGCAGAGUCGCGAAUCGAAACAGAGAUAGUUUUACAGUUUUCGAAAUAAUCGAUAUCAACGCGUGGGGAAGUUCCGUAAUUUUGAAUGAAAAGAUGACACGACAGCGAAGCGCACGCAAACGUGAUUUUUACGUUUGGCAGCAAACUCUGUCCCGCAUCUGAUGAAAUAAAGUUUAUUUCAUUAGACGCGUCAGUUUUAUUCGAGCAUGUAAAAAUCCAAGCGAGAGAAGAUUCAAUUCAGGGAACGCGAAUUUCCAUUAGAAUCUUUAAUUGAAUAAAUGAUUAUUUUGUUACGCAGUUAUCGUGUAAUUAA